UCCGUCUGCUGCUUUGACUGCGGCCGGUCGCGGGAAUCCACGCCCCGGUCGCGCGCGCUCACUCACUGAUUACGUACGGGAUUGAAUCGAUGUUUGGUGUGUUUUGUUGAGUAAAAUUAAAGUCUAACAGUGGGCUCGUUAGAUUUCUGGCUCGAGCCAACGGUUUUUAACCAAAAAGUGCGACGGUCGGGUGACAAACGGAGGACGAUCGCGUAUUAUUUUUCGCACGGGCGGCGCGCGGCGACGGGGCGGAGAAGCCGCGCGCGGGCCGCUCGCGCUCGGCCGGGCGGCGGGCCGUCGCGACGGCACGCUCGGUAGACAUGUUUCGAUCGCGAGCGGAGCGCGUCGCGCUCGCCGGCGCGUAGGCUCGCUCGGGACAUGCGCCUGCCGAACUCCAGUGCCGGUGGCGCGGACCGACCAUGGACGUGGUGACGCCGCACAUCACUUCCGUAUUGAAGACGUACCAGGCGAGCGCCCCGCGCAGCCUGCAGGGCCCGGGCGGGCGCGCGCCGCGCGGCCCCGAGCCGCCGCGAGCGCCGCAGCCGCAGCCGCCGCCGCCCGCCGCGCCCGCCGCGCCGCCCAUCCUGCUCGCCGCCGACCCCGAGCUCGGCGAGCGCGGCGAGACCAGGCUCGAGGGAGAGCCCAUCUCCUGCUUCAGCGUCGGUGGCGAGCGACGGUUGUGCCUGCCGCAGAUCCUCACUUCGGUGCUCACCGACUUUACGCUGGAGCAGAUCAAUCGCGUGUGUGACGAGCUGCAGAUAUACUGUUCGCGCUGCACGCCGGAGCAGCUGCACGAGUUGAAAUCGACGGGCGUUCUGCCGCGCUCGGCGCCCUCCUGCGGGCUGAUCACGCAGACGGACGCGGAGCGGCUGUGCGCCGCGCUGCUGCACUCGCCGGCGGCGGCGCGGCCCCACAAGUUGCCGGGCUUCCGCGUGUACCACGAGUGCUUCGGGGGUGCGCGCGGCGUGUGCUCGACGGAGGCGGCGCUGGUGCAGUGCAGCGAGUGUCGCGCGCUGUACGCGCCACGCCGGUUCGUGUGCCACUCGCAUCACGCGGAGCACCGCACGUGUCACUGGGGGUUCGACUCGUCGCGCUGGCGCCGGUUCCUGCUGGUAGCCGACGAGGAGCUCGACAAGGACAAGUGCGGCGCGCUGCUGGACGAGCUGGCGGCGCGGGAGGAGGCGGCGCCGCCCGCCGCCCCCGCCGCGCCCGUCCUCGCCGCGCCACCACCCGCGCCCACUCUCAAGCACCACCUGCCCUUGAAAAGGAAACAGAUGGUGGAGACAGUAGAGUGCAAGCCGGAGCCUCCGGAGCCGCCGGAGUCGCCGCCGAAGAAAUCACGAGGCGAGGAGUACGGGUACACGUUGUUCGUGGACCCGUACGCGCUGCACUACCGCGCGCUGUCCGCGUUCAGGCCGUGGGGCAAGCGGGAGCCGGUGCUGCAGCACCCGGAGCGCGUGGUGCGCGUGGCGGACUGCACGCGGUUCGAGCGCGACUUCCAGCCGAACGUGGCGCUGAAGCCGCUGACGCCGCCGGUGGACGACGUGACGUCGUCGACGUCGCCGCCGCCGCACAGCUCGUCGGAGCUGGCGGCGCGGCUGCUGGACGCGGAGGCGCGGCUGGCGGAGCGCGCGCGGCGGCUGGACGAGCGCGAGGCGGAGCUGGCGCGGCGCGAGGCGCGCGUGGCGGAGCGCGAGGCGCGCGUGGCGGCGGCGGCGCCUGCGCCCCCUGCGCCCCCCGCCGCGCCGACGCCGCCGUGUUGA